UCCAGCCCCUUCUCUCUCCUUCCGCUUUUGUCUCUGCCGAAAUCCAUAAAUCUCUUCCUCUCUCUCUUUCUUAUUUAAUCGUCACUUGACCGCCGGUAAGAAACUCGAGAGUUUGAAUCGUUUUUUAACCCUCGCCGGUGAUUAUUGACUGGAAAACACCAAACGAAUCGAAGCAGUUAGUUUACAGGUAGAGCAGUGACAGCUGAGCAAAAAAAAAGGCGGCGGAAAAAAAAGUAGUAGUAGUUGAUGAUGAUGAAGAUGGUGAAACAGAUUCGUAUAGGGUUUUCUAAUCGGCGGUGUUCGCUGUUCGUGAACUCUUUAUUGGAGUAAGUAAAAAGCGCCAGAGAGAGAGAUAUUGUGUAUUUGUCUUUUUGGUUCUGUUUUGGGAUGGGGAAAGUGGCGGUUGCGUUUGCGGCGGUUGCUGUUGUUGCGGCUUGUUCUGUUGCCGCGGUGAUGGUUGGGAGGAGGAUGAAGAGUCGGAGGAAAUGGAGGACUGUUGUUGAGAUUUUGAAAGAGUUGGAGGAUGAUUGUGAUACUCCGGUUGGGAGGUUGAGGCAAGUGGUUGAUGCUAUGGCCGUGGAGAUGCACGCUGGUUUGGCUUCUGAAGGUGGCUCUAAGCUUAAAAUGCUCCUCACUUUCGUCGAUGAUUUGCCCACUGGGAGGGAGAAAGGUACUUAUUAUGCACUUCACCUUGGAGGCACUUAUUUUAGGAUUUUAAGGGUUCUUCUGGGUGAUCAAAGGUCUUAUCUAGAUGUUCAAGAUGUUGAACGACACCCAAUACCUUCACAUUUGAUGAAUAGCACCAGCGAGGUUCUUUUCAACUUUCUCGCCUUUUCCUUGGAAAGGUUUAUUGAAAAGGAGGAAAACGGGUCCGAUUCACAAGGUGUUAGAAGGGAACUUGCAUUUACGUUCUCAUUCCCUGUCAAGCAUACUUCUAUUUCUUCAGGAGUUCUAAUUAAAUGGACCAAAGGUUUUGAGAUUAGUGAAAUGGUUGGGCAAGAUAUAGCUGAAUGUCUACAAGGAGCUCUGAACAGAAGAGGCCUAGAUAUGCAUGUUGCGGCUCUUGUGAAUGAUACUGUUGGAGCCUUGUCGCUUGGAUAUUAUCACGAUCCAGAUACGGUUGUUGCGGUUGUAUUUGGAACAGGUAGUAAUGCAUGUUACUUGGAAAGAACCGAUGCCAUAAUCAAGUGUCAGGGUCUGCUUACAACUUCUGGAAGCAUGGUGGUAAAUAUGGAGUGGGGAAAUUUUUGGUCCUCUCAUUUGCCUAGAACUUCGUAUGACAUUGACUUGGAUGCAGAGAGUUCAAAUGCAAAUGAUAUGGGAUUUGAGAAGAUGAUAUCAGGAAUGUAUCUGGGUGACAUUGUUCGUAGAGUAAUUCUCCGCAUGUCAGAAGAUUCUGAUAUCUUUGGACCCAUCUCGCCCGUGUUAUCUGAGCCUUACGUUCUAAGGUGCUUAUCCUCUUUUUAUCUCUUGCUAGAAAUUUGAUUAUUUUCUUAUUGGAUGCUUGGUCUGACAUCAUGUAUUUUCUGCAUCAACUUCUUACUGAACAUGGACACUCUUUUAUCUUUUGUAUCAACUAUCUAGUUAGCAUUGUGUAUUUAUUUUGUUAUCAAAACAACAACUGUUUCUACUUCAACCUCUCAGAACAAAUUCAGUCUCAGCCAUACAUGAAGAUGACACACCUGAGUUACAAGAAGUAGCAAGAAUCUUGAAAGACAUAGGGGUAUCAGAUGUACCACUGAAGGUGAGAAAACUAGUGGUGAAAAUAUGCGAUGUGGUUACACGAAGAGCAGGGAGGCUUGCAGCAGCAGGAAUAGCAGGAAUCUUGAAGAAGAUAGGCCGAGAUGGAAGCGGGGGAAUCACGAGCGGGAGAAGCAGAAGUGAAAUCCAAAUGCAGAAAAGAACAGUUGUUGCGGUAGAAGGAGGUUUGUACAUGAAUUACACCAUGUUUAGGGAAUACAUGGAAGAAGCUCUCGUAGAGAUACUAGGAGAAGAAGUGAGUCAAUACGUGGUGGUUAAAGCCAUGGAAGAUGGUUCUAGCAUUGGCUCUGCUCUCCUCGUUGCCUCUUUACAGUCAUGAAUCAUCAUCGUCGUCGUUCGUAUUAAAUGGUGAUAUAAUUGGUUAUGUUCGUCCUUGUGUGUGUAUAUAGAUUAUUCAAUAUUUGUUUGUUGUUAAUUAUAAUUAUUAUUAUUCUAUAUAGCUUUUGUGUAAAUGCUUAGGAAGGUUUUAUGUAUUCUUUGUUUCUUCUAUUCGUAUGAUGUGUACUGGAAAAUAGGUACUGGGUUUUUAAGAAAAUGAUUUACACUGUCACUAUGUAAAGGUGAUGAUGAUAAAUGGAAUGUCAAUUUCUGUUCUC